UCUAGAGAGAGAAAGAUGACCGGAGUAGUGAUGGCGACCAAGGGUGGUGGUUGCGGUGGAGGUGGUGGGGGUGGAUGUGAGGGUGGGAAGGGGACGAAAGGGGCUGAGGAGCAGAACCAGCUGUCUGUCAUGGCGUUUCUACUGACAGCUUUGCGGAAAUCUAUGGUUGCAUGCAGGGUUGAUCGCAGCGACGAUGUGAUAUCGGCCGUGCAGCAAAUGGAAAUCGGGUGGCCCACCAACGUUCGCCAUAUCACCCAUGUGACCUUCGAUCGGUUCAAUGGGUUUCUGGGUCUUCCGUCGGAGUUCGAGGUGGAGGUGCCGGGACGAGUCCCCAGUGCCAGUGCAAGUGUGUUUGGCGUCUCUGCGGAAUCAAUGCAAUGUUCUUAUGAUUCAAAAGGGAAUAGUGUCCCCACUAUUCUUUUGCUAAUGCAGGAGAGGUUAUAUUCUCAAGAAGGGUUAAAGGCAGAAGGGAUUUUUCGGAUAAACCCGGAGAAUAGCCAAGAAGAGAUUGUGAGGGACCAGCUGAACAGGGGCAUUGUGCCCACUGAUAUUGAUGUUCACUGUUUGGCCGGCCUUAUAAAAGCCUGGUUCAGAGAGCUUCCUUCAGGUAUCCUUGAUGGUCUUUCUCCUGAGCAAGUUCUUCAAUGUAGCACGGAAGAAGAAUCCGUUGAGCUCAUAAAGCAGUUACGUCCCACUGAGGCCGCUUUGCUCAGCUGGGCUAUUGAUCUUAUGGCUGAUGUUGUUGAGGAGGAGGAAUUCAACAAAAUGAAUGCGAGAAAUAUUGCAAUGGUUUUUGCUCCAAAUAUGACUCAGAUGUCUGAUCCAUUGACCGCUCUGAUGCAUGCUGUUCAAGUGAUGAACUUGCUAAAGACCCUGAUCACAAAAACACUAAGGGAACGAGAAGAAAGCCCGGCAGGAGGGUAUUCGCCCUUGUCUUCUCAUUCUUCUGAUGGGCAAACUGAUGAAGAAUUUGACAGUCAGCAAGAGAUGGAUACGAGCUGCGAAUUGAGAAGGCCAACUUCAGAUUAUGAUGAUGAUCAUGCCCAUUACAGCCACAGCAGUGAACACGAAGAUGAAGAUGAUGAUGAAGUCCAGUCACCAAGCAUGAUGCAAGAAUGCUUCUUAAGGCAAUUGGAUGAGAAUGAAAAAGUCACAGAGAUUUUCCCAGAAGAAACCGCUAGAGAUUCGCAGGGAGAGCAUGGAAUUCCUACAAACUCUGCCUUGAAUGUGGAGUCUGGUGCUUCAUUUACUGACAGCAAAAAUGGGAGUUCUGGCUUGAGUACCAGUGAUGGAGAAGAAGACUCAGGAGCAAGUUCUAUUGUUGUUGAACAAAAGGCCAAUAAAAACAGCCCAUCAAAAGGAUAUGAAGAUACAGAUGAUGUAGAAAUGGUAGACAAAUUGGUUGAGUCUACUGAUGAUGUGAAGAUGGUUGACAAACUGCUCGCAUCCAAUUAAUCUGUUUUGACUGUGGUUUCUUUAGUAUCAUAGUAUUGGGAAAAAGCUUCAUUAGCAGAUUUUGGUUUUCUCUCCACAGUCAUGGGGUUGGUUCUGUAAAUUACUGGUACUGUGUUUUGUUGUGUCUGUCAAAUGGGCCAGGAGUGAUUUGCUUGUGGCUGAUUGUGAUAGUCAGGGUUCAGCUUGGGGCUGAACUUGUGCUUGUUCUGCAUGUUUUCAGUGAAGAGUUUCUAACUCUGACCAUUUAGGUUGAAAUGAAAAGUCUAGUCCCAUGGUUGGGAAUAGUGAUAGGUUCAGCUUUAGGUUAAAAAAUUGUUCUUUGUUUGUAUGUUUGUAUGCUGGAUUUGUAGAACAAGGUUCAAAACUGGUUCACUUCAUGUUGUAUUAAUACUUCUACAUGAUGAAUUUGUGCUUCUCGUGCAUGAAUAUCCCAAUGGCUCAAGAAGGUUUUAUCAACUAA